CGAACAUUAAAUCUUAUACAAUUUAUUAAUUUUAAUGAAAAUUUUACUUUUCAAUUAAAGUAUGUCCGCUCACAUUGUAUGUGUUUCGUCUGGAAGCGGACUUCCAAUAUUUUCGCGUAAAAAAGGCAAUACUGAAAGUCUUCCCUUUUCCACAAUAGGUUCAUUAAAUGGUGUUCAUAUGUUUGGGAAACCCAUGAAUUUGGAAAUAUUGAACACAUUGACUGAGGAUUAUUCUGUUGCUUGGAAGGAGUUUCAUGAAAGUGUCAUUUUAAUUGGAAUAGCGAGUGGUUGCUCAGUUGAAAUACUCACAAAACUUCUGGAUUCAGUUUUUAAUUCAGUUGUACUAAUUGUUGGUUUGGAUGAAAUAAAAAAUCAGAGAAACAUUGAAAGAUUGAAAAGAGAACUCAGAGUGGUGUACCCAGUAAUAGACAGACUGUUAGAUUCUUUAGAUUGCAGUGAUUCUACAAAUAAACAUUCCUCAGAUUUAGUGGGACUUGCUGAAGUGAUUUUGUGCCCAGAAAAUCAUCUCAUUCAAAUUGUCUUGGACUCAUUUACAGAAUGUGUUGACUCAAUGUUUAGCAGUAUUUUAAUCCAUGGCAAAAUUGCAGCAGCCACUGAAAGUUGGUGGACUUUACACCCAGAUGAAAUUAAGUUACUGGCUGCCUUAGCAAUUACUGACAAUUCAAACAUCUCUAAAGAUAUUCCAGUAUUUCUGCCAUACAAAAGCCCCACAGUUGCCUUCAGAUUCAUAGCUCUUAAACUAAUAUCAGAUGUUCAGUUGUGCUGUUUGUGCGGCCCAACGCCGAUUUUAAAGGACAUCGAACAUUCUGCGACACAAUGUUUCAAAAGUUCUGCGGAUAUUUUAACUUCAGCGGUUCAGUGUCAUCCUAGGAAUUUCCCCAGUUCUUGCCAAGUUGACAAUAGCAUUUUAGGGUUACUUCUCUUAAACACAUCCCACGGCAAAUAUAUGAUGUCGAAAAACCCUCAACAAACAACAUCAAAAAAAUCGAGUAGUUCGCACAGAUUGGACAUCCUGAGAACGUUCCUCUAUCAAGCUGUUAUGAGUUUUCUAACAACUCAGGAUUUUGAAAUUGAAAAUGGAAUUGACGACCAAGUAACUCAGAAGGACAAAGAGAACAACGCCGAAGUGAAUGUUGGUAUCGAAACUUACUGGUGUUCUGAAUAUCAUAAAUGUCACGCCAUGAAACUGAACGAUAACAUUUUAUGCGUACUAUAUAAUUCGUCAGUACCAAAUCCGGCUAUGAGAAUGAUCACUGAAAAAACUCUUAAGUGUUUCAUUUCUGAUAAACAGAUUUGUUGGUAGAAACAAAUUGAUUAUUA